GAAGAAAGUCGACGAACACGGAUCGGGUGGCGAGGUGUGUGCCGGGAUUCGCGGCUCUUCGACGCGAGCCGAUCGGUUCUCGUGAUUGACCGACGAUUGCGCGAAGAUGAAGAGGCAGAAUGUCAGGACUCUGUCGUUGGUAGUGUGCACGUUCACUUAUUUGCUGAUCGGCGCGGCGGUUUUCGACGCGUUGGAGUCCGACACGGAGAGAAAGCGCUGGGAGUUUCUGUCAGAGGUUCGUCGGAACAUGAUGAAGAAGUACAAUAUCACGCAGGAGGAUUACAGAAUGCUGGAGAUUGUUAUAAUAGAGAACAAGCCGCACAAGGCAGGCCCUCAAUGGAAAUUCGCUGGUGCCUUUUAUUUCGCCACCCUUGUCCUUGCUAUGAUAGGCUACGGACACUCGACGCCAGUCACCAUAGGAGGUAAAGCGUUUUGCAUGGCAUACGCCAUGGUAGGCAUCCCUCUGGGUUUGGUGAUGUUCCAGAGUAUCGGUGAACGUUUGAACAAGUUCGCCUCCGUAGUGAUCAAGCGGGCGAAAAGCUAUUUAAGAUGUCAGAAGACAGAAGCAACCGAGAUGAAUCUAAUGCUCGCGACUGGUUUACUCUCCAGUAUAAUUAUCACGACCGGAGCCGCAGUGUUCUCGCGUUACGAAGGCUGGAGUUACUUUGAUAGCUUCUACUACUGCUUCGUCACGCUGACUACCAUCGGUUUUGGGGAUUACGUCGCCUUGCAGAACGACCAUGCACUUUCCAACAAACCUGGAUACGUGGCCUUAAGCUUAGUCUUUAUACUAUUCGGCCUGGCCGUCGUCGCUGCCAGCAUAAACUUGCUUGUCCUCCGCUUUAUGACCAUGAACACCGGUGACGCUCGUCGCGACGACAACGAGCUUCAACCAGCUUCGCAUCACGUUCUAACAUUAGACGGCGAGGUGGUCGCCGUAAAUGGGAAACUCUUGGCAGGCCACGUCCCGAUAGUUCACGACACGGACGACUGCGUGAGCGUGUGCUCGUGCACGUGCCUCGGGCCACCGAAUUCCGAGCUUCUGGAGCAAGGCUACCAGGGAUACAGGCCACCUUCGACCUCGAGCCUUCGCGUGAAACGCGCAUCCGUCUGAUGGAAGGAGUUCCGUCGUCGCAGUUUACGCCGUCGAUUAUCGAGAGCCGACAGCAGAGAGCUACUUGGCAUCGACGUGUAAGAGAACCGACCUGCCCCCGAGACAAACCAGUAGAAACCAGUAGAAAAGAUUGAACGACAAAGGAUAUAAUCGGGAAAGAUUUCCGCGUGUCGAUGGGAGAGAAGCGACAUUGAAGAUAAUUUCAUCGACAGCCCGAUGGAAUUGUUCGAGGCGACUCAGAUUGGACGAACUGAGUUCGAAACCUGUGUUCUUACAAGAUCUACCUUAACCCGUUCGAGGACGUUCAUCGUCGAUUUUUGAAGACGUAUUUUGAUGGGAGCCAGUGACGUUCGAAAUCACCAUGGGCUGGUGAUUUCAAAGUUGAAUAAUUACGCCGUAGCCGUAGGCAGGAUAAAGUCGCGAGGAUGAUGUUUGAUCGUUUGUAGACGAUUUUCUAACGAUUUCGUACGUUUUCAUAUGUCGUUCCACGGACCAUUUCCCCCCAAAAAAAACACGGUGAAUUUUCAGCGCAAUUGAAAUUCGUAGCGCGGCCGUGUUACGUUCAUUGGACGAUUAUUAUAUUGGAAAUAUUGAGAAUCGUAGAGUAGUCGUGACAAUUUGUAUCGGUAUUACGAGCUGAAAUUGAAGAGGGUUGCUUCGUUCUUUGAACGAAGUUCUUUUGAUUUUCACCGCUUAUGUUAUACGUUAAUGGAAUUUUUUCUAUGUAUAGAAAAUAAUAUAAAUUAUAGAAAAACGAUGUAAUUGCUUAAUUUAUUCAAUUUUUGUAUAAAAGUAUAUAAAAUCUUGUUUAUUCAUUAUUCGUUACGUCGGACGAAUGUCCAUUAAGUUGCGCGAGAAGAUUAUUGAAAUUUUCAUUUCAUCUCUCUUCUGUGUAUCAGACUUUGUUGAACGGUUCGAGUCGAUCGAGAGGACUAUGUUUAUAAAUUUCAAUAUUUGAAAAUACACCAAGGACAAAGCAAUCCUCGCGAAAGAGAAGAUAAUCUCGUUUUGAUGAAAGUCGAUCAAGCAGAGAUAUCGAUCUCAGUUAUUUAUAUAUGCAUACCGAAUAUAUAAAGUAUAAACAGAACAAUACCCAGGCCUCGUUAGCGUGAUUGUUAAAUACGUAUUAUACAAACUCGAUGUUUAUACCAAGAUAGAUGUAAAAGCUGGGGAACGACGAUUGUAAAUCGUCGAUCGACGAGAAGAAAGGGGGAAAAAAAGAGAAUCGAAUUUAGAAGGUAGCGGUGAUUUUGUAGCUACGGAAAUUGCGAUCGUACAAUUUUCUAGAAUCGUAAAAUAUAACAAUUUUACUCACGACGCGAUUCACCAAGAAACAUAUACGUACGUUCGGGCGUUAUAUUUUUUAAAGCUAAGACUAGAGUGUACAUCAAACGACAAACAGUAAUAUCCGGGAAGACUGAUAGUUGAAUUAACUGGCUAGUUG